AAAGAAGAGGCAGAGAAAAAAGCCAAAGUGGAGAUGGAACGGUUAGAUAAAGAGAAGCAAGAAAAGGCUAGAAAAGACGAAGAAGAAAGGAUGGAGAGAAAAAAAAAACUGGAGAUGAUCAUGAAGAGGGUUAAGGUAGACACAGAUGUUCAACCAAAAGUUGAAAGCCCAACUAAGCCAGUAGCCAGCUUUCCUAGCACAGGUCAGACCAGUUCUUCUCAGAAUUCGCCUGGAGAAGAACAAGGAACUUGUGUGGCUCCCAGUGAAGUUUCGGAUGAGGAAAGUAGUAAUGGACUCUUGGUUGCUGAAGGAUCUGCUGUGGAGGUGUACAGUGCAGACAUGACCAUGUCCUUCAUGCAGGGUAUGGAAGAAAUGGACAUGCCCGCCUCCAGUUUGUCAGCCGAGCUAGGUUUAUCCCGCAGCUUGUUGUCCGAGAGUGAGUUAGGUAAACUGACAUCUGAUACUGUUGAUGAGAGGCUGUCACGCAGCACUGGGGCGACACCCGUGAAGCUUGACGAGAUCACCUUAUUUGAGCGUGUUGACCCAGGAAAAGAUGACAGUCUACAAACUUCCAUGGAGACAGAGAAGCCAGGCCAAGAAGAAAAGAGAAGGAGUGACAUAACGGACAGACCGACUCCAGCAGAACCACGGCCAGUAGAUGUACAGAAGCAAGAGAAAGUCAGAAAAGAGGAUGAGGAAAGACUAGAGAGAAAGAAGCGAUUAGAGAUGAUAAUGAAAAGGGUCAAGGCAGACACGGAUAGCCAGCCAAAGAGUGAUGGCCCAACUAAAUCUGUGAGUAUGUACUCCAGCGUUACCCACCUCAGUUCUUCUCAGAGUUCGCCUGAAGAAGAACAAGAGAAAAGUGUGGUAUCCAGUGAGAUUUCUGAUGAAGAGGUUAAUGGCUCCCCAGUGGCAGAGGGGUCGGCAGUUGAGGUGUACAGUGCAGCCAUGACAACGUCAUUUAUGCAAGAUUUCGAAGAUGCAGAUAUGACGGCGUCCACCUCUUCAUCGACCUCAACAGUCACUCGCAGCGUUUCAUCAGGGAAUAUCUUAGAUGGCCAGUCCUCUCGUAGUGAGACUCAUCAACAGGACACUGAGGACAGACUACCAAAAAGUGCUGACACAACUCCACUGAAGCCAGAGGUCACAGUCGUAUCAUCAGCACCAUCCUCUGAGACAAAGCCAAGAUUUAAGUCACCUCUGCUGCAGCAUCUGGUGGGCAACAAUGGAGCUGACUCAGAGGGUCCUAAGUUCAAAUCCCCUCUAUUGCAAAACCUUCUUGGUAAGACCAGAGUUGGAGCCAGGAUGGGUCUUUCGGCAAGCACUGGGGAUUUGAGCCGCAGCAAAGAACCAUCUUCUCAGAGUCAAGCAGAAAUGUUUAACAGUCAGUCUUCUCUUUCUGUCUUGUCCAAGGAUAGUAGUAUCUCAUCAACAGAUGUGAUAACACAAGGACAUGGUCAUGAGCCAGCGUCUUCAGAUGGUUAUAUGUUCAAUGGUGUUGGAAAAGAUUCUGGAGAUGCCCAGCCUCCUGGCAGCUCAUCAAAGCCAUUGUUUGAUUCCUCUCCUGCUGAAAGUUCCAGACUGUACACUCCUGUGAUGAGUGACUCUGCACUGGGCUCCAGCAUUGAGAUGCAUGGAGAUGGGAUGUCUCAGUCGGUUCUUGUCAAUGGCCAUCACAAACUUCCUGGCAUGGAGGAUUCCAGUAUCAGCUUGUUCUCUGUGGACCAGGCUGUGACUAAGUCGGCAUCUGCCACUUUCGAAACUGAGUUUGAAAGGCCAGCUGUGACUCCAUCCACACAUGAUGAUGAUAAUGAUGGGCAGUUCGAUGACCUCAUAAACUUUGGUGAAGCUCCAGUCCGAGGAUUUGAGGAGAGUAGCCGAAGGUCAGAGUUCACUACCGAUUAUCUUUCAUGA